CUCUGCAAUCAUGCCUUUUGCUUAAAAAUAUUGGAAUAUACUUCAGACAAAUAAAGAGGAACGUGAAUGUAUUUAAAUAUACUUUAACCCUUUCUUGCCUUUGAAUAAACUUAAUGGUUUGAGAGGACAAUUUCCACAGUAACAUGACUCUUAUGACCCCUAAUAUACAUAGAAAAAGUUUGAGCUAAAUUCAUUAGAUGUCAAUUUACUGAGCAUAUGAUACAUAGGUUACUUUUUACUGAAAGAAAUUUCUGAUGUUCUCUUAUGAUCCGGUUAUAGUGCAUGUUAUAACAUGAUGUAUUUAACAAGCGCCAUGAAAAAUUAAUUCAGGGAUGAAGAUUAGAUUUAGAUUCUUGUUAUACAGUCCACGAUAGUUACUCUUAAAGGUGACAUAAGAUUCCUCGUUAAAAGCCUUCUAGUUCAAAAAAAAUAAAACUUUUAUAACAUGGUCCCUAUAGAGACCAAAGGGCAAGAAAGGGUUAAUCUAAAAUAACUUGUAUAAAUAUUUCUAUAGGUUUUCGACAGAUGUAUAUGUCACGUAUGUCCAGCAUAUACACUUAUCUGUGUGGACAUUUUUGCUAUUAAAGAUAACACUAUUUCCAAGUUAUUUUUUUUUAAAUUUUCAGAAAACUUGCUGAAAAUUCUUAAAAACUUGUUUCUACACUCAAAAAAAAAGUAUAACACUCGAAACUCAUUUCGACUUUUCAGUUUUUCCAGCUUUCUGUCAAAUUCUGAAGUCAAUAAUUCCCCCUCUCGACACCGGUUAGUACUGAACCGGUUAUUCUAAAAGUCGAAAUAAUAGAUUAUUUUCCUUCAAAAGUCGAAGAAAUUUGUUGACUUCUAAAAAGUUGAAGUAAAUCUUCGAGCUUUACAUAUAUCUUUAGACAAAAUUGUACACACUGCCUGUCUAUUUCCUACUAGGAUCUUACAGGAUCCUAACAUUUAAGAUCCACCUAAUAACUUUCAGAUAGGAUCAUAAAAUGCUAGAAUCCUACUAAGAACUUCGCUUAAAUUUGUUUAGGAUCCUAACAGAAUCUUAGAAAAUCCUAUCACUUUCGGAUAUACCUGAUUUCAUUACGAUUCUGUAGGAUUUGUUAGGAUCCUAAGGAGCGAUUAAAGCGAAAUCUUAGAAGGAUACUGAUAUGUUAUGUCUCCGAUCCUGUUAGGAAACUCUUAGGGAUUUUACUAAGAAUGUCAAAAAGUACAAUCGAAAGGAGAGAUUUUGAGUUAUCAUAAUAAAAUAGCCUUCGAGUGACUAAUAAUGUAAUUGUACCCGUAUCUGAGAAAGAAUUUCAAUUGGUUUUAUAUUAUUUUAAAAUAUUGUCUGUAGUGUGCGUGGUAAUUUUUUCAAUUUAAUUUAGGCAUGUGAUGACAAAUUUGGGUGAACAAUUUUCUGAUACUGAAGUUGACGAAAUUUUACGUGAAAUUGACACAACUGGUAAUGGAAUUAUUCGUUAUGAAGAACUUGUCAAAAUUGUUAUAGGAAAAUAA